AUGCCUUCUUCGAUACGAUUAUCGCACCAACCACGGGUGCAUAUCCUUGGGUUGGGGAGUAUUGGCACUUUCACUGCUCACGGUCUAUUAGAGACGCCGAAGAGUCCAGCGGUCACCCUGUUGCUGCACCGCGAAUCGCUCUAUGAAGGCUACCGCCAAAACUGCAAUAAGAUUCUUCUGGAGACGUUGGAUGGUCAAUUGCUUGGCCAUGAGGGCUAUGACACAGAGGUGUAUCGAGCAGGCAGCUGGUAUCGUCUCCCGGCUUCGGAGGAGACAACGGACAAGAUCGACCACCUUAUCGUCAGUGUCAAGGCCACGCAAACAACGACUGCUCUCCGCGCACUAAAGGACAGGCUCUCGGCUAAAUCCACCAUCUUAUUCCUCCAGAAUGGAUGCGGGAUGAUUGAUGCAGUCAAUCAGUCCAUUUUCCCGGAUCCCAGCACCAGACCAAAUUACAUCGUCGGUGUGGUUUCGCACGGGGUCACACUUAACAGCCCCUUUCACGUCACUCAUACUGGGGCCGCAGCUAUUUCGCUGGGAGCGGUCCCUCCAGAGUCCGGUGUUGCGCCCUCUUCGGAGCGGGAAUACCUCCUCAGCCUCCUUCCGCAGUCCCCUCGUCUCAAUGCGACCGCAUACCCCUACGCCGAAGUCUUGCAGAUCCAGCUGGAGAAGCUCGCCGUGAACGCAUUCUGCAAUCCACUCUGCGCCUUACACAAUGCGCAGAAUGGAUUCUUGUUCACGCUGCCUGAGCUCCGAAGACAGAUACUCACCGAGGUUUCAAAUGUGGUGAUGAUGUUGCCAGAGCUGCGACAUAUCCGCGGUGUACAGGAUCGGUUUGCCGUCGAUAGGCUGGAGGCGACAGUCAUUGAUAUUUUGACAAAGACCGCUGAGACAACGUGCUCGAUGGUGUGGGACUUGAGGGCGGGAAAAGAGACGGAGAUCAGAUUUAUCAACGGAUACUGGGUCCGAAGAGGAAAAGAGGUGGGAGUGCCAACGCCGGUGAAUGAGCGUCUGAUGGAGGAAGUGAUCAGCAAGGGGGGUUAA